ACGCCCAAAAAAAAAAAAAACUUCUUUCCAGCUGCGGGACGGACGGAGGGACGGACGGAGGGACGGAGGGACGGGAGUGAGAGAGGCCGGCUGCUUGAUGACUUCUUGAUGUUUCUCACGGAUUGAACACAACCUCGCAGGUGAAGGUGAGAAACCGCUCAAAAUCACCACCGUGCUAAUUUCUGAGUUUAUCACCGGGGUUACGCUCGUGGAAGGUGUCUGCCGGUUGUUUGGAAACGCUUGAAGUGGUUGAAAAGGGCCAAAGAGGUGGGCUCAGCUGCCAUUUUAUUCCAGAGGCGAGCGAGAGAACUUUGCUCAGGAGCGGUGCAAGUCUGUGCAGAUACAGUAGAUACGACACGGUGACCCUGGUGGGCGAGGUCGCUGGUUUAUCUCAAAGGGCGGUCAAAUGUACUUGAAGGGAGCCAGGGAGCAGCUGGAUGAUGAUAUGAGUCGCACCCGACCGUGAAAAUGUACGAGGUGAUGUCCGGCGACACGCUGUCCUGGAAGGCGCCCAGCCCGAGACAGAGCGCCACCGAGGCGGGCGCCGACCCGUCGCCGUCGGCCGGCGACGGCGGGCCCGGCAAGAUCCUCAAGGUUUGCUUCUGCACCAACAAUAACCUCGGCAAGAACUUCAAGCUGGUCAAGUGUGACGGUUCCUGGCAAAUCAGGGCGAUCAUCCGAUCCAUCCUGAUCAGCGGGCGCGUGGGUCCGAACGUGGCGCACGCGGGAUGCUUCGGCCUCCUGCUCAAGCACCUCAAGUCGGAGCAGCUCCACUGGCUGCACCCGCAGCUGAGCGUCGGCGAGGUGGAGCAGCGCUACGAGAGCCAGCACGCCGCGGCCGAGUGGAGGUACGACCUUCGCAUCAGAUACAUCCCCGUCGACUUCCUGGAAAGGUUCCAAGACGACCGCUCCACGCUGUUGUACUUCUACCAACAGGUCCGCAGCGAUUACAUGCAGUAUCACGCCAGCAAGGUCAGCCGCGGGAUGGCGCUGCAGCUCGGCUGCUUGGAGAUCAGGAGGUUCUAUAAGGACAUGAACGCAAAAGGACUGGAGAAGAAGUCAAACUUUGAGCUGCUCGAAAAAGAGGUCGGCUUGGACCUUUUCUUCCCUCCCGAGCUGAUUAACAGCAUGAAGUCGAAGCAGCUCCGCAAGCUGAUCCAGCAAACGUUCCAGCAGUUCGCCACGCUCAAGGAGGACGAGUGCAUGAGCAAGUUCUUUCAGACGCUCAAGGAGUUCGCCAGUUACGACGAGGAGGUCUUCCCCUGCGAGCUGGUGCAAGGUUGGAGUCUGGCCGUGGAGCUGGUCAUCGGCGGGAGGGGCAUCCGCCAGCGCACGCAGAAGAAUUCGGCGCCCGUCUUUCUGGCCGACUUCAAGCAGAUCAAGAAGGUGCAAUGUUCGCCUCAGCGCGACGGCAAGGCGCUCGUCCAUCUGGACGUCCGAGGCGCCAGACAACGGCUGUCCAUCAACGUGGCCGGCGCGCCCGCGGCCGAGAACAUGAUGGACCUCAUCGACGGCUACUGGCGCUUGGAGAACAACUCGGAGGAGUCCGUCAUCUACAGGCAAAACCGCGAUGCCAGCGCGCGGAGUUCCCUCCCGGACCUCCCGACAGGCCGAGACGCCGGCUCCGCCCGACGCAGCAUGGGGUCGGAGAUCUACUGCGAGAUUCCGGACGAAAGGCCCAGAUCAGCCGUCAAAUACGGCAUGGACCGCGGCGACAUCACGCUCGGGCGAAUCCUCGGCGAGGGCUUUUUCGGCGAAGUCUACGACGGCGUCUACGCGGCAGCGAACGGUGAGCAGGUGAAAGUGGCCGUCAAGACGUGCAAGGACUGCUCGCCCGACGUCAUGGAGAAGUUCAUGAGCGAAGCGGUCAUCAUGAAGAACCUGGAGCACCCUCACAUCGUCAAGCUCAUCGGCAUCAUCGAGGACGACCCCGUGUGGAUCGUCAUGGAGCUUUACGAGUACGGCGAGCUCGGCAACUACCUGACGACGAACCAGAACGAUCUGACCGACGUGACCCUGGUGCUGUUCAGCCUGCAAAUCUGCAAAGCGCUCGUCUUCCUCGAAGGCGUCAACAUGGUGCACAGAGACAUUGCCGUUCGAAACGUGUUGGUCGCCGGCCCCGACUGCGUCAAGCUGGGCGACUUUGGACUGUCGCGCUACAUCGAGGACGAAGAAUACUACAAAGCGUCCGUGACCCGAUUGCCGAUCAAGUGGAUGGCGCCGGAGUCGAUCAACUUCCGCCGCUUCACCUCCGCCAGCGACGUCUGGAUGUUUGCCGUGUGCGUGUGGGAGAUCCUGAGCCGAGGCCAGCAGCCCUUCUUCUGGCUGGAGAACCGAGACGUCAUCAACCAGCUGGAGCAAGGCAUCAGGCUGCCCAAGCCCGACGACUGCCCGCCGGCGCUCUACUCCCUGAUGACGCGCUGCUGGUCCUACGACCCCAGAGAGAGGCCCAACUUCACCGAGCUGGUGGUCAAGAUCAGUGAUGUGCACAAGAUGGAGAAGGAGCAGGAAGUAGAACGCAAGCGGGACAGAGCGCGUUCCACCAAAUAUUUCGACGCCAAGUUCAACUUCACCGAGCCUCCACCCAAGCCUUCGAGAAAGAAGCCGGGGCGCUUCGGGAACACGCUGAGCAUCGGCUUGCACAUUCAGUUGAACGAGGCUCUGUGCGCCAGCUCGCCGGACCUGGCCAGCCCGUGCGACUAUCAGUCGCCCGUGGACUCCGUCAACACUCUGCCGCAGCCCCUCAGGUCCCCUCGACGUCGCAGCGUGGGGGAGAGCGAGUUCCCCCGAGCGGACGCGCGGCGCCUCUGGCAGGCCGAGCGCCAGCAAACGCUCCACACCUUACGGCGGCAGAAGGCGCAGAUGGCCGCCGACAAAGAGUGGCUGGAGAAAGAGGAGCGCCUCCUGGACCCCACGGGACCAGAGGGACCCCCGACACCAACGUCCAAUGAGGCAGAUGACCAAAACGGCCCGCCAAUCAAGCCUCCUCGCCUCACGGCUCAGCCAGCCCCCACCGCUGAGAUGGACCGUUCUGACGACAAAGUUUACUCGUGUGUGAUGAACGUGGUGAAAAUGGUGGUGCAGCUGAAGAACGACAUGGUGGACAUGCAGCCCGAGCAGUACGUCACGGUCGUGCAGUCGGUGGGGAUGGCCUUGAGAGAUCUGAUCGGCAGCGUGGACGACAUCCUGCCCGCUCUGCACGAGUCCGUGCGCACCGAGAUCGAGGGCACCCAGAAGCUGCUGAACAACGACAUGGCGGAGCUGAUCAGCAAGAUGCGUCUGGCGCAGCAGAACGCCAUCACGUCGCUGCGGGACGAGUGCCGCAAGCAGAUGCUGGCGGCCGCCCACAACCUGGCGGUGGACAGCAAGAACAUGCUGGACGCCGUCGACCAGGCCCGCGUCCGCGCCGACCUGGCCAAGCCGGCAUCGGCGCCGCGCCUUUAGAUGACCUCUUCGCUCGUCUGGACGUAUGUCCUCUACGCCGUGUGUGUGUGUGUGUCUGAACGCAACAAAAUGGAGUCUUCUACUCGCCGAGGAAAUCUUUGUAAUUCUCUCCACAGUAGAUUUGUAUCUUGACUGUACGUCGGGUCGGGCACGGUUUCAAUUUGAACGAUCCCGCUUCCUCGUUUGGAUUCCGCCUCUGUUUGUGGACAGUGUGGAAAAAAAGCUUCCGCGGUUUAAAGGAGGCGUGUCCAAAGCGCCCGCAGCGUGGACUAAAGUCGACCUAUGCCACGGCCCGUGCGGUUUGCCCGCAUUGUAGCGCACGACUUGACUUUCUACGCUGGCGGGAAAACAGAAGGAAAGUUUUCUCCUCAUCUCUCACUUCUCACUUCCUUGUUUUCAAGCAACAAGCCAUCAUUCACAUUUACUACGUAGGGUAUAUAGCCAAAAUAAAUAUAGCUUCACCAAUCUUUA